AGAGACCUUUACAUAUAUUCAAAAGAGGAUGCUUUACUUUAUUUUUCAAUGCAAUACUACAAAUCAUUUAAAUUUACCCAAAAUAAAAUUUAAAUACUUAACAUUAUCCGAAUUGUAAUAUCUAAUGUGUAGGAUUCGCAAAAUAUUAUUCCUAACCGAGUUAUCUCAAAAUCAUAUUUAAACCUACGUACUCGGCCUGGCCUGGUUUAUAGACUAGAUUUAUUGGGCGAUCCCUUCUUUCUGAGCAAUCGCCGUUCUCGCUAGUUUGUCCGUGGAAAGUUGCAAUUUUGCCCUACAUUUCCACCUUUUGCUGGCAAUAUUUAUAACAUUGGAUUUUCGGCACUGGAUUUUCGAGCAUUACGACCGAUUUUUACUGAGAAGAGCAAUAUAUAAACUCGUCAAAAUGUUGAAUUUGAAGCCUCUCUCCGCUUUUGCUAUCUGCUCGAUUGCGGUCUCCCUUCUCCACUUCUCCAGUGCACAAACACAGACGAUGGUGAAUGCCCAGCUUCCGGAACCCAAUGUAGAAGUGGGAAGCGAUGCCCUUUUCUACUGUACGGGGGAUCAUUCUACAACAGCGUGGUACAGAGGGGAUGAGAAGCUUGGACCUGAGGGGCACUUCACGGUGGUGACCGUCCAGUCCGGACCACUCACGUACUCCAACAUGACCAUAUUUGAUGUUGUCAAGAAUGAUUCUGGCAUAUACAGCUGUAAAGAUGACCAAGGAGCCUCCUAUGACGUCACUCUUACCGUAUAUGAAGUGAGGGAUGUUGUUGUCAGUCCCGCUGAGCCCGAGUUUGUAGAGGAUGCCAACCUGCUCUUGAAUUGCACCGUUGACGGUACCACAGACCAGACCGUUUCGUGGAGCGUUGAUAAGGAUGGUACCCCAGAGACCUUAACAGGUGGUGACGACACCAGUCAUGUCCAAGUCUUCAAUAAUGGCUCUCUGAUCAUCCGUGGUCUCACCCCAGAAGAUGCCGGAGUCUACACCUGUACGCACACAUUUGACGAGGCUUCGAAGUCUGCUUCAGUCAAUGUCGGAGGUGCUAUCACCCUCACGGCCGAGAAGUCUGUCAAGUACACAGAAGGUGACCGCGCCCUGAUAGAGUGUGAAGCCCACGUCAUCACUGCUGCUCUCCUGCCCUCCAUCUCCUGGAAGGUGAACGGAGUAGACCUUGCAGAGGCUUGCCCCGAGCGUUGUACCCUGAAGAACACCACCACAACCCACACCAUUACCAGCAAGUUAGAAAUUGUCAGCAUUAUCAAAGAGGAUAGAAAGAACUACACCUGCACCGCGACCAAUGCAGCUAACCCUGAGGGUGUGUCCAAAGACAUUCUUCUCAGAGUCAGAGAUCGUCUUGCCGCUCUGUGGCCUUUCCUUGGAAUUGUGACAGAGGUUGUCAUCCUGAUCAUCAUCAUACUCAUCCACGAGAAGUGCAGCAAGGGAGAGGACUAUGGCGAAGACGACGAAGAUGAUGAUGAGCCCAAGAAAGAGAAGAAACAAAUCAACGAUGGAGACAGUGACAUAAGGAUGCGAUCAUCCAAAGAAUGACAGAAUGUUCCGCAGCGAAGGACCGCCUGGGCGGAAACGGAACCGAGCCCUCAGUAGCCAUUUAAACCUGUGACCUUCCAAUCAGAUUAUAACAAGCCAUUCUUUAACAUCAUCAAUCGAACAAUGUCAUUUCACCUCAAUUUAUUCUCCCCCUCAUAAUGAAAACAGUGUAACCUUUAUUCUAUAUUUUACAUCCUUAAAUCAUAGUCCAUUCUCUUUCUAUUAGGUAACUUAUUUUUAUUACAUUAAUUUUCUACUAAGUGUAUUAAUCUUUGUUUAACAAAAUGCUGUCCGAAUGAUGUUUGAAGGAGUUUUGACAUUUCAGAGGACAAAUCAAUUCUAUUUCAGUUUAUUUUUUAUAUGCUUAAAAUAGAUGCAAAUUACUGUUUGAGUUUGUGUUUACGUUUAAAUUCCUAACAUUUUGUCUACAUUUUACUUGACAUGUAAUUUUAUUUUACUGGUGCUUUUACCAUUGUGGAUUUUUUGUUGUUGGCAGUUUUCCACUAUCAGUUUUUGGUUUGUGAUUUUAAUAAGCCUUUGGUAUUCUGUAGCAAUGUUUGUCAACUGUUGGAUGGGUAGAAAACAAGAUCAUCUUUGUCUGCAUUACCUCUCUCCACCAAGGGUUGGCCACGUUGUUACCGGAUAACUACGUCUAUCGUUACGGAGUUUCGAUUCAGUCAUCAAGAAGACAAUAUCGCUGAUCGCCUCUUUUCCCUGAAAUGAAGUCAGUUCCCAUGAUCAAUGAACUGCAGUUGGCAAUGCGUUACCGUGAUGAUUGUGACAUGAAUGAAAUCUCAAACCCAUUGCCUCCUGGAACCAGGUGAUUCUUGUACAGAGUCUAUUUGGAAUUAAAGAUUUCAGUAGUCAACAGGUUAACUUGUGUGUAAAAACAUUGUAACACAGUGACACUGAUGACAACAUAAAAUUGAAGACUCCGUUAUCUUUAAUGACAGCAAUGAACUUUAAGUUGAAUUCUUAAAGACCUUUCAUUUUGGUUGUGUUUUUCUUUAAUUCAGACCAUAUAAAGUUCCCUAUCAGAAAGAAAACCAAACUAUUAGUUUGUUUAUGUGUGAAAUGAACAGACCACAUUUCUUUUAAACAGUAAUUAUUUUUCUUGAUAUUUUGUCAAGAUAAUUGGAAAUGAACACUGAGGGCUUGACUAGUUCCCGAGGGUAGUUCCCGAUUGCAGCAUGCGUAGAGUCAAACCAGUGUAGUAGGGCCAUCCAAGGGAAAUAGAAAAAAAGCGGCCACAGGAGACAGGUUCUAUGACAAAUGUUCCUUUCAAAUGGGAGACAAUUUAGAUGAUCAUUGAAGACAGGUUUCACUAUAGACAUGUGGUUGCUUUAUAGACAGUUUUGAUUGUGUUUCAGUCUGAGAUGUCUGAGAGGCGGGACUAGACGCAGAUGUGGUAUACAAGGAACCUUUCCGAAAAACUGAGACUUCUUUUUCCUGCAGGAAACUGGCAGGGAGCUUUUCAUUACAAAUCAACACAGUCACCACUCACCAUAGAAAAAAAAACAAUGGGGACUGCAGAAAAGAUACAAUAAAAAGAUGCAUUAAGGGGUGUGUCCAUAGCAGCCUUCUGUCUAUAAAGGCCACAUUUUUGUGUUUCUCCUGUCUGGUCACUCUAGAUGGGAUUUCACUCGAGAUUGAAAGCUGCAUGCUACAAUUGUGAACUACCCCUAACUUUAACCUUCCGAUGCAAGCGGCCUGGAACAUAAAGCCUAGCGAUUGAUCAUGGGGAUGAUAUUUAAAACUGAUCAUACAUAGUUAUCAAUGUAGUUGAUCAUAGAGAUCAAUCCCAUAUUCAAUUGUAAGUUUUUGUGUAACAGGGUCAAGGUGUAGGUGAAGGAUUAUAGUAUUUAAACAAAAACAACACCAUCCAUGGGUCUAUUGAUUGUAAGUACCUCACUGUGGUCCAUUUUUUGUUUGUUUGGUUUUAUGAUAAAGGGCAUUUGCAGGUACAUGUGUACAAGUAAGAUCCAAAACCAAUUAUUGUUUCAUAAGUGGUGCAAUGAGCAGAAAUAUAUGUUUAGUGUUUUAGAAAAGCUCUUUAGAUGUUUUUUUUAUUUUUUAUUUUUGUUGGUGGAUGAAGAGUUUGAAUAGGAAAAGAAAAUCAGAGCAAUACACUUGUUAUGUUAAGUGAUUUUACAUGUUACGCUGUAUUUUGUAUGAUAAGGGUAUGCAUAAAUUACCCAUGCCUCAUUUAUACUAGAAAAAAAAAAGAAUGGUGAAGGAUAUACUGUACAUGUGUGUUUUGUUCAUUUUAAUGUCUUGAAAGUAUCGAGACUCUUGAAAUAACGUUAUCUUCUUUAUCAAAUAUUUGAUCUAUAUGAAUUUUUAGUACAACACAUCAGGAUUUGUUGGUCACUAAAAAAUGCACAAACAUAGUGAUGAGAAUGUAGAAUAUUGAUUUUUUGUUUAGUAAAUGUCGCUUGAUGUGGUUUUCCCCCACUUCAAUCUAUUAGUCUGCAGGCACAGACUCUUGAUUUUCACAUAGUGCAUGAUGCCGAGUCUGAAGUACGAGACUAGAGUCUCUCAUGUACACUGUACUGUGACUCCUAUCACAAGCCGGUAUUCUCAAAAGAGGUUUUAGUUGUACCAUGUUAGGAAAUGUUGGACUAUGCAGAAUUCUUGACAUAACGUGCUCCAUUCUAGCAUGAAUGUAGCGCCUUUUGACUGAAGCGCGCAUUUAUAAUUAUAAUUGUACUUUUCUAGCGUACGCGAUGAAAUAAGUUAUAAGUUUUAGCCCAUGGUUUUGUACCAUGGUAAUUGAAACUACCUCUGUGCAUACUGGCCAUAAGGUUUAGAGUCUAGUCUCCACCCCAGACUUGGUAUUAUUUGUUCAAGUCUCAUAUUUGAGUCUGUGCUUUCAGACUACCAGUUUGCUCUCUGUUUGUAUCUCUCUUGUCUCUGUUGAUGAGUAAUUAUUUUUUUCCUUCGUUUGAGAGGAACCGGUCCGUUAUAUUACAAAUUUUUAAUCUAGAGAGAUUAUUUCGUUUCUAUGGCAUUAUUUUAUUGAAAGUGUACAUAAUUGUUAAGUUGUAUUGUCCGGGUAUACUAAACUGCAGUGUUGCGUAACUUGAGCGAAUGCGGAACACCUCAUUCUGUAUACGUCUUAUGCCUUAUUUGCAUUUGCUACCAUAAGAUGGAUUAGCCUAUGAUAUUUGAUGGCAUCGUAGGUGUCUACAGGCUAGGAUUUUUGUUUUUACAUUAUUUAUGAUUAUCGUACGGUGUCAUUCUUUAGGCAUCGUUGAGGGUCAAAGGCAAAGCCAUCCAACGCCCCUGCACUGAUAGUACGAUUAUUGUGUAACUUUGUGCUAUAGAAAAUUGUUGAUCCUACAAUGAUCGUAAAUCUGUAUGAAAAUCAUAUGCAAACCUUAGGAGCUUGUACAAAUUAGUGUCCACCCCCAGGGGGGGGGGGCACUCUUAUAUAUUGGUGGUACAGGGACGUUCGACUUUGAUGACCCCCUUUUUCAGUUCUCUAGAUACUCCGAUUGACAAAAAUUCCAUUCAAAAGCUGCCCCGCUCGCAAGACCCUGUUAGGAAACAUCUCAGUUCCCUAGCCCUGCCAAAAUUGUCCAGAGUGAGCACCGCAUGCGAGAGCUGCCCGCAUGGCUUCACAACUCCCUCCGCUAGCAGCUCCACGCACCGCCAGCGCCCACUGUACCGCAAUCCCGUUCCGUAGACCCUGUAUUUCACACCGCCCGGUAUAUAUUUAGGUCCCAAGACCCUGUAUUUUACCACUGUGGUCAGUUCCUUAGACCCCCAUUUCAGGUUUUCGUUAGGCACACCCCCAUCAAAAUAUGAUUUGAGUGCCCCCCCCCCCCGGGUCCUCCCUAUGAUGAUGGUAUACCAGAUGUUAAUAAGGCAUUUUUAAUGUUUAUCUGUUUUUCUGAGCUGUCAAGCAGAAAGAUUGAAAGAAACAAGAAACAUCUCAUUUGGGAAAGGUUUUCUUCUAGCUUCUACUUACAUGUAUUUUCAUUAUAAUAUUACUGCACGGUGAUUGCCAAUUUCCACCAAGUUAUUGCAUUAUUGGUGUUUUUUUUUUAUUUCUUAAUUUGUAUUUACUGCCGUAACUUUGCAUGUUGGAAUAAGCAAUCAGAAGAUUCGUUGACUAAUUUGUUUUUAAAGCUCCAGUAGUUUAGUAAGUGGUUUGUGUACAAUUUUUUUUACCCAGGUAUGCAUUAUGUAUGUAUGUUUGUGUGUAUCUGUGUGGGUGGGUGGUUUUAUGUGCUUUAUGAGGAUGUGAGUUUUGUUGCUGCUGGACGUUUUUUUUUCUCCUUCAUCAAAGCAUUUCUUGCUGAUUACGAGAAAAUAUAUAUUGGUUGCGUGUAUUGUCAAGAAUAUAUUGUUAUAUUAACUAAUCUUUUUCUUACUGUAUCCUCAGUAGGUUAUGAAUAAUGGUUGAAAAUUAUCUAUAUAUAUAUAUAUAUAUCAUGUAUUAUGAUGACCAGCACUUGAUUCAUGUAUAACUUAUGAACUUGUGGAGACAUUGCCUAUUAUUAACUAAUUAUUGGUGUGUGGAAAUUUUAUUAGUCUUCGUGCACAUCACAUAGAUUUGUUAUAGUUAUUUUUUCCAACUUUUAUAUUUCAUAGGAAUUUAUGCUGACCCAUCAUUUUGUAACUUUUUUUUCUAUUAUAAGAUGUCUUGUUUGUAUGAGAAUAUUGUAACUAUAAAUAGUUUUUGCUCUAAUACAAUCUAUUUCUUCUAUGGAAGUUAUCCUGUAUUUGCCAAUUUCAUUUUUUUUUCUAACUUCAGUUCUACAUUUUAUAUUCAAAGCUUUGAUUUCCCACCUUUUUUCUAAGAAAUAGUGAAGAAUGAUGAAAUUGAGAUUUUGAACAUUAUAGAUUUGGAGGUUGGGAUAAUCAUUUGAAAGAUCUACCUUUAAAAAAUGAUGGCAUUAAGAUGGACAAAGUGCUAGAAUUGUUUGGGGAGAGGGUGUGAUCAAUUUAUAACAUUUUUUCUGUACCUUUAAUAAACAUAAAAUAUUUCAAUGACUUUUCCAUAAAGAUGGUCUUUUGACUUUGAGUCCAAAGGAAUAUCAGAUCAACUGAAGAACUUUUGUGUCAAAUAUUAUUUCUCUCAGAAAUUGAAUAGAUUAAAAAAAAAAUCCCUCUAUAAGACUUCUUAGUCAAUAAUUAAAAAUCAAUACUUCCAUGUAUUACCGUGAUUCUCUGUUGAUAUGUGCUCAAGUAAGUAUCGCACAUGCGCACUUUUAUAGUCUUAUGUAUGAGUGAGAUAUUGGAAAAUGAACAAGGAAAUUUAUUAAUUAGAUAGAACUCUUUAAUAUUUGUCUCAUGGACAUCUAUAAAUUGAUUAGAGAUAAUGAUUAUGCAUUUACAAACUCCUUCGUAGUUGGUUUCAAUAUUAACAUAAAUGAGAAGUAGACACUAUAAAAAUGUAUGCAUUGUAGAUAAGUUAGGCGUAGGAUACAUCUGGGCUGGCAGGGUUUCACCAAUGCGUUUCAGUAGGUGGUCUGUGCAGGAUACAGCAUAGGAAUUGAAAGGAACCAUUCAAACUUAUAUUCAGUGAAAGUAACCCCUUUUGUUGGAUUCAGUUUAAUCAGAUGGAGGACAUAUCUUGCCCUGAAUUGAGUUGAUCAUUCAGAACUCUACAGAUGAGAAAAGGAUUAGGAAUAAAGUUAGGAAUUAGAUAGUGUGAUUACUAUGUGAUAUCGCUCUGAGACUAGGGAGUUGUGAAGGGUCUGAAUUAUUGUAGCUGUAGACUACACAUACUGUAUCUCAAAUCUGGCUCUAUGUUUGAGCUGUUAUAGGUUACAGUUGUUGUUAAAACCAUAAGGUUUAACACUUGAGCAAGGUAAACAGUUCUCCACAGAUCAUAUUUCCGGUCGUUGUUCAGUGUUCAUGUCACGUAUCAACAUCUGAAUUUUAGCUAUACGCAGAGUUUGCCGAGUUUAUUUAGAAAAAUUAUAAUUAUUACUGCUCAAAAGGUCACAUUUGUUGAGACUUUAUAUAUAUAUAUAUAUAUAUAUAUAUAUAUAUAUCUCAGCAAAUUCUGUGGUGUUAUAACCAGUGUACUUAAGUACCAUGUCAGUCAUUUUACUUUGGUUUUAAAUUUACAGUGUUAGUUCAACACCCAUGAGUGUUUUUACAACACCUUUGGUUGUUACUUUGACACUUUUGGUGUUAUGUUCAAGCUCUAAGGUGUAUUCUAACACUUCAGGGUGUGGUCCUCUGGGGCCACCAAUGGGUGUCAGUUUGAACACCUCAGUUUGAAUAUGAAUGUGCAACCUCUUCAGGGAAGCACUUUACAUAUCACCUCCCAAUAAACAUAUUUCAUUUUCUUAUUUUAAGAAUGAUAUGAAUGAAUUUUGAAAUAGAAUGAAAGUGAUUGAUUUCCACUUAGAAUCGAAUGAAUUUGUUAGUAUGUCUUUUGAAAAAUAUUGAAAUAUUUCAACUUUUAGGUGAUGUCUCUCCUAUCUUGCUUUGAAUGUGUGACUUUAAGGUUAUAUAAAUGUGACUGUAUGGUUGUUCAAUUAAAGACUUGGGUGUGUAAUUAUUGGAAACGAACAAUA